GUGCGAUGGACGUAAGUCGUGACAAAGCUUGUACCGUAAAGCAGUUCUGUUGUGACUAACGUAGUAAAGUAUUUAACAUUACGCCUAGCUCCACUUCUCCUGAGGUGUUGUUGUUGUUGUUGUAGCUAGCUCCACUUCUCCUGAGGUGUUGUUGUUGUUGUAGCUAGCUCCACUUCUCCGGGCAGCUAAAUAGUUGCGGAAGUACCCUCCUCUCCUUUCCAGGAUGCUCCUCGUGAUCCUGGUGGGCAGCCUGUCUCUGGCUAGCACAGGACAGGAGCUGGACAACGACUGGAUAGACCCUUACGAUAUGCUCAACUACGACGCAAGCACCAAAACGAUGAGGAAGUCUGCAGAGCCAGCAAGCUAUGACAAUGUCCCUACCAAGAGAAGAGAGUAUGUUGUCGACUCCAACGACGUGGACUCGAUACCGUGUCGCUCACAAGUAGUGGCUCUACAGAGACAGGUUGAAGAACUAAAGAAGAAAAUCAUGCUCAUCUCACAGCAGCCUACAUGCAAUCCAGUCUUCAAACGUUUCCUUACCAGACUGCGGAAGGAAAUAAUAAGAGUUGGUUUGCCCGAUGACUCCUCGGAGGUCUUCUAUGAUGCCAAAAUCAGACUCUCCACACAAGCCAUGAUAGAGAUUGAGACACUGCUGGAGGGGGAAGACAGUUGGAGAACUGGGGCUCUGGACGAUGCCAUCAGUCAGAUACUGGUCGAUCUCAGACCACAUGACUACGAGGCCUGGAAGUGGCGUUUUGAAGACACCUUUGGCGUGGAGCUUGACACACUAUUAAUAAUGGGAGUGGGUUUUCUGGUUAUAGUGGCCAUCAUCUGCACUCCGCUGUGGUCAACAGUGUCCUGGUUCAUGCAGAUCCGUAGAAUGUUCGGCGUCUGCUUCUUUGUCAGUUUUUUCUGGAACUGGCUAUAUCUGUACAAGAUUGCCUUUGCUGAUCACCAAAGCAACAUUGCAAAGAUUGAUAGUGUCUUUGAAAAAUGCUCUGGAGUGAAAAAAAUUGACUGGAGUGAUAGCUUGAAAGAGUGGUUCAGAAGCACCUGGACUCUUCAAGGUGACCCUUGUCGGAAAUAUUAUGAAGUCCUCGUGGUCAACCCCAUAUGGCUGGUUCCUCCAAGCAAGGCGUUCGCAGUUACCUUCACAAACUUCAUCACAGAGCCGCUAAAGCACAUUGGACAGGGGAUCAGUGAGUUUCUUGUUGCACUCCUCAAAGAUCUACCGAUUACCCUGCAGAUCCCAGUUCUCCUCACUAUCGUGCUCGCCAUUGUGGUAUGCAUGUAUGGAGCUGUGCAGGCAACCUUCCGGUAUGGCAUCGCUGCACCAUUUCGUCGCCCUCCAGGGGAUCCACCUCCUCCACAGCUCGAGCAACCGCAGCCUCACGUCCAGCGGAUCCAGAGCGGUGACAACUUAGCAGGAGGGGACGCACCGCAACGGGCCCCAGUGCAACGAGCCCCAGUACAACGAGCCCCAGUGCAACGAGCCGUUGAAGGCCGAUUACACAGGAACCAGGUUCGUCAGAGGCAGCGCAACAGAAGCAGGGAAGAGAUGGGUGUGGAGUCACUCGGCACUGCCGAGCCGCCGAACCGCGAGGAUGAGACAGAUGCUGAGCUACGUGAGGCGGAGCAGAAUCUCUCCGCUGAGUCGGAUUCAGAAAGUCUGCAUGAGACACAAGAGGAGCUAGAAGGGGAAAGUGCGAGCAGCGUUGCUGCUAACGCAACCAAAACAAAAAAGAAACCCACUGAAUCAGAUACAUCACCUUCAAAGAUUAAACCGUUAAAAGUGAAUGAAAAACGUUCUCAAAAUAUACCUUGCAGAGACAGUGCAGCACCUCAGCCUGCAGGUAGACAGCCUUCACCAGCUCAUGUUCAGGAUCUGCACUCAGCUGAAGACUGCACCUCAUUUGUCUCACUGCCACCUGUUGAAACUGUCGGAGUUCCUGUUCAGGAGACAGCGGAGUAGAAAGCUUCAACAAGAUAAACGUAAUCAGGGUUUGGGGCUUCUUGCUGAACUGUGGAUGCGGUGAUGCCAAAGAGAUGUCUUUUUUUUUGUGGUCAAUCUGUUUAAUAUUUCAUGAUGAGUCAAUCUCCACUGUAUUUCCUCAGUUGGAAAGAGCAAAGAGUUCAAUCAACCGCAGAGCAGACAGACUGAAACAGGUAUCGGGGAAACAGGAACUAUUAUUUGUUAUAAUUAUAAUGAAGAAAUAAUAAUGUUUACAUUUUUAAGUUUGAAUAGAAAUUUGUAUUUUGUAAAUUAAAAAGGAGAAAAAUUGGUGUUAUUUUUGUGUUUAUUAACUGCUUGUACAUAGAGGGCUUCAAAUAGCAAUGCUAAAGUCAGUUUUGCUGAACAGCAUUGCUUCUUACUUUUCCUUCAAACUGCUGAUGCAAAUCAUAACCAUUCAUAAACAUGUAUAUAACAAAAUCAGUUACCGAUAUAAAGUCUAAAAUCAAUUUUAAAAAAAAAAAAUUGUUAGGCUAGGAUAUUAUUACA